CAGUCAGUGGCUGCAAAAACAUUGACUCUCUGGUGGGCACUGCCAUAGUUUCCCAAAGAUUUUACAGAGACGAGCUCUAGCUUUUUUACCUCCAAGUCAAUUGUUUUAUUUGCUAAGUUAGAUUUAAGACAGAGUGGCCAAAAUGAGGCGUGGAAGAAGAGACGAACAGUUCCCAGAGAAUGGAUUUGAGCAAUGGGGAGGUUACAUGAAUGCCAAAAAGGCAAAACUAGCAGAGCAAUUCAAUGUGGAUGCAUCAAAAGAGUCGGAUUUGCAAGCAAGCUCCAACAUCUUCAGUGGCAUUUCUGUUUAUGUUAAUGGAUAUACAGUUCCCAGUGCUGAUCAAAUCAAAUUGGCCAUGAUGAUCAACGGUGGCCAAUACCACCACUACUAUAGCGCAUCAAAGACCAAAUACAUCAUCGCCAGCAAUUUGGCAGACGCCAAAUUGAAAAAGAUCAAAGGCCAGCCAAAAGUGGUCAAGCCUCAAUGGAUUGCAGACUGUGUGGCUGCAAAGAAACUGCUCGAUUUUCGUCCGUACCUUCUGUACUCGAACCAGAGUAAAUCGCAGCCAAAAAUCCACUUUCCACAAGUCUCAGAAUUUGAAUCGCCUGUGAAGACCCCUAAAUUAAAUAAAUUGAAAAUCAGCUUUGGAGAAACAAGCAUAGUUCAGAACAUGACCUCAACGCCCAAGGUUACUCGUCAGAAGUGUGCAGUUGAAGAUGAGGACCCUCCAGAAAUGCUUGACGUGUCAGAAGAUUUGUUUGAACAGUCGUCAACUUCGGCAAUUUCUGGUACCGAAGGCAAGGCUUUGUUUGAAGACGACUCCAACUCGAGAACUCCAACGCCUGCUUCUUCUGAGUCUGAUAUCUUGAGUCAAGAUAGACAAAUAGCAAAGACGCCUGAUAAACGUUUGCUGGAAGAAGUUGAGGAGCAAAAAACAAAAUCUCCAGAAAAAAAUGAUGGGGAAGCAGAAUUGGAGGAGCUUCUAGAUUGUACUCUUGUGGCUGAAGAGCUCAACGCAAUUGAGGACCAAGCCAGGAUAGAACUUUCAGAGGAAAUUGAAACAAGCUCAACUAAGGAGAAUGCACCCCUGUCGUAUUCAAGAGAAGUAACGGCUUUAGUUGAAAACUCCAGUUUCAAGCAGCCCAACAGGGUCAAGUCACCUACCAAGUCUGAAAGUCCUUCUAAGGCCCCGAUGAGACGAGCAGGAGAGCCAAAUUUUCUUGCAGAGUUCUACAGCAAUUCACGGCUGCACCACAUUUCAACUAUGGGAAGCACCUUCAAGUCCUAUGUGACUGAGCUUCGAAAAAACCACUCAGGCAAUUUCCCGGGUCGAAACCGGUUGCUUCAGUGGAAGAGAGAAAAUCGGAUAGAUGCAGACUGGAGUGGAGAAAAAGUGAUCAUGCAUAUUGAUAUGGAUUGUUUCUUUGUGUCGGUUGGACUGAGAAGUCACCCAGAGUUGAGAGGUAAACCUGUUGCUGUCACCCAUGCUAAAGGCAAUCCUCCUGCAAGUAGCAGUGCAGGCGCUAACAGAGAAGCAGAGUUUGAAGUCUAUAGAAGAAGAAUGGAAAAUAAAUGUGGAAUCGACAAAAAAGGUGAAAAUUUUGAAAAGGCUUUGAAUGAGAGGCUCAAGUGGAGGUCGGAUGGCCAUGACAGGAGUUCAAUGUCGGAGAUUGCGUCGUGCAGUUAUGAGGCGCGAGCAGCAGGACUCAAAAACGGAAUGUUUCUUGGCCAAGCCCUUAAGUUGUGUCCCGAGCUAAGAACAAUCUCUUACGACUUUGAAGGUUACAAGGAAGUUUCAUACUCCUUGUACAACACAGUUGCUUCAUUUACUUUGGACAUUGAAGCAGUCAGCUGCGAUGAGAUGUUUGUGGAUUGCACCGAGCUGCUGAAGGAAACUAAAACAAAUCCGAUGGAAUUUGCAACAUUCAUCAGAAAGGAAAUUAGGGAAAUUACUUAUUGUCCAGCAUCAACUGGAUUUGGUUCAAACAUUUUACAAGCAAGGAUGGCUACAAAGAAAGCCAAACCAGAUGGGCAAUUCCACUUGCUUCAAGGGGAUGUGGAAGGUUACAUGAAACCAGUAAAAGUUUCUGAUUUGCCAGGUGUUGGAAGAAAUCUAGCUUACAGAAUGGAUACGCUGAACCUCCGCACUUGUGCUGAUCUGCAGAAAUAUUCACUCUCAAAGAUGCAAGAGACGUUUGGCAACAAGCUGGGCGCCUCUCUUUUCAGGCAUUGCCGUGGAGAUGACGACAGAGCGCUGGAGUUGGAGCACGUCCGGAAAUCUGUAUCAGCCGAAGUCAACUAUGGAAUCCGCUUUAAAAGCUUUGCUGAGUGUCAAAAGUUUAUUGACGAAUUGGCCGAGGAAGUGCAAAGGCGUCUGGAAGGAAUCAAUAAGCGCGGUCGAUGCAUCACUUUGAAGCUGAUGGUCAAAGCAAAGGAUGCGCCUACGGACACGGCCAAAUUCAUGGGCCAUGGUGUUUGUGAUAGCCUGUCAAAAUCCGUCAACCUGACUACUGAAACGUCAGAUUCUAAAGUGAUUUCAAGAGAAACGAUGAAAAUGGUCAAUCAACUUGGAAUCAACUUUGCCCUUUUUCGAGGAAUCGGGGUGCAAAUGACAAAACUCACAGACAAGAAAAAGGAUGACGGAAGUCUCAAUCAAUUUUUGCUCAAGGGCAAAAACCAACCACAGCCGCAACCAGUGCCCUCAACUUCAAAGGGCAGCAAUGCAUCAGUACCGGCUCAGCUUGUGGAAGCCAUUGAUGAAGCUGUCCUUGCUGAACUUCCUGAGGACAUUAGGAACGAAGUGCUGAGAGAAUACAAGCUUCCUCAGCCCAGCACGUCUAGAUUGCAUAAACAGCACGAGGCAACCACAACUUCCAAGCCAGCCAAUGAACUGACUUUUUCGCAAAUUGACCCUUCAUUUUUGGAUGCUCUGCCAGAAGAGUUGAAGAUGGAAAUUGAGGCCGACCUAAGGACUAAUAGAAAACAGGCAAAUGCAAAGUUGUUAUCUGCUCCAGUUAGUCCUGCAAAGGCUAAUUCGCCAUUAAAAAAGAAGAGGGGUAGACCAAAGGGUAGCAGAAAUGGCUCUUUCAAAGAACCGCCCAAGCUAAAACGUCAAAUUGCUGUUCAACUUGCUAUGCCCGAAACAAAAACAAACCAAUUGACAAUCACUACUAACAGCAUUAUUGUGCCUGAGGAUGACAGCAUUUUGAGGAUUGAUAUGCAGUCAGAUGAACUACACACUUUGGUGAAAGAAUGGGUGAAAAGUGCUCCAGAACCACUGGAUCAGGAUUUUGAAAUGAUGCAGGAUUUUCUUGAACGACUUCUUGUUGCUGGAAAAAUUUUUCAGGUUGAGGCUGUGCUUAGGAUUUUAAAACUGAAUGUGUCAAGAAGGAAAAGUGCUAUUUGGAACUCGAAGUACGAAGAGCUAGUGCAAUUCAUACAACCUCUGAUUGUGAACAAAUAUGGCUGCAAAUUGAAGAACUGCUCUUAAGUAGAUGUUUGUAUUCAUAUAAAUUUAAUAAUUUAAUAAAUCAUUUGAACUUUAGUAAAAUUAU